AUGGAGGGGCAGAGGCGUAAAAGGAUUGAGAAGGAGUUGAAAGACAUUACAGAGGACAGUUCACCAAAAUAUUUCAGUGCAGGUAAGGAGAAGAAGUACGAAUGGGAAGCCACAAUUUAUGGGUCACCAGACAACCUAUAUGAAGGGGGAGAUCCAUUUGAAGAUGAAGAUUGA